ACCGCGACGCGAGAGGCGGCCGUGUCGGCGCUGCGGUCCUGCAGCUCCCCCGUCCGACUGCUGGUCCUGCGAGAAGACCCGGAGACCAUCUUUACCACGACGGAAGAACCCAGCAGGUUCAUCACGGUCGAGCUGAGGAAGAGUUCGACCCGAGAGCGCCUGGGCCUCAGCCUCAUGGAGAGGAGUGACGGCAACGGAAUAUUCGUCACGUUGGUGGAACCGGGCGGCCUGGCGGCGAGGUGCGGCAGGAUCGUGCAGGGCGACAAACUCCUGGAGGUGAACGGCAUUCCGGUUUCCUACCUCACGCUCGAGCACGUGGCGGCCAACCUCAGGAGCAUGGAGGGCAGCGUGGUCCUGCAGGUGGGCCGCGUGCCGGCGCUCGCGCGCGCCGUCCAGGAGUGGUCGCGGAAGGAGCUGCCGGAGAGGACGCCGGACCCCGCCAGGCUGCGCAUCCAGACGUGGUCGCACUCGAGGGCGCACGCAAGGCAUGUGGCGCGAUGGUGCGAGAGUCAGAAUCCGUCAGCAGGUGAGGAGGCGAAACUGAUGUCAGGAGAGACGUCGAGCCCGAAGUCCCGCGUGCCCCCGUGCCCCAAGACGCGGGUGGGGCGCCUUCCCCGGCCCCCGAGCCUCUUCCACGUCCUCAGACGCUCCCUCCGUAGCCACCAAGCCCUCGGGAGCGGCCAGGCUAUCGUCCGCACUCUCCCCCACGACGCGUCCCAGGGGCCUCACCGGAGGACCGAGGUCGUCUUUGCUACCGACGACAGCGAGUCCUGCGGCUCCGACAAACCCUUCCUGUCCGAUGUACAAGUGACCAGUUUCUGAGUGUGCUUUGGCGUGCUGACUCGUGUAAUGAACGGUGUGGUGUCUGUGGAGACUGUGACGGCGAGAGAGAAUGGUGAGGACUGACCGAUACAGAAGGAUACAUACAUUAAUGGUAAAGGAAUCAGACAAACAAGCACACGCAUUCA